CCCCCCCCACACACAAUCAAUUUGUAGUGAUUGAAGAGCGUUUGAACGAUGUCUCGAAUCUGUGUGAAGAAUUUGCCCAAGUACGCUGCCGAAGAUCGCCUCAGAGAAUUCUUUUCUCAGAAAGGAGAAGUCACUGACGCCAAGCUCAUGCGCACCAAAGAUGGAAAGAGUCGGCAAUUCGGAUUUAUAGGGUAUCGAACUGAGCAUGAAGCUGAGGAAGCUUUGAAAUACUUUAACAAUUCCUACUUUGAUACUUUUAGAAUUACUUGUGAGAUUGCUCAUAAAGUGGGGGAUCCAAAUAUUCCACGGCCAUGGAGUCGGCAUUCUUUGAAGAAACAAGAGAAAUCAACGGAAGAGGGAAAAAAGGUUACUGGCCCUAAAAGUCUAGGCCUUCCAAAUUCUAAAGGAGAAAAAAAAGAUAGUAAAAAUAUAAAUGAGAAUACUGACCCUCAGCUUCAAGAGUUCCUUCAGGUAAUGCAGCCCCGAAUCAAGUCAAAAUUGUGGGCAAAUGAUUCGUUGACGGCUCCCCCUCUUGAGCAAAAGGGAAAAUUAGAAAGAGGGGAUGGCAAAGAGGAAUCAACUCUUGUGCAGGCUGAGUUAGAUGAAACUGAUGAAAGAGAUGAUGGGUCUUCAGAUGGUGAAGCAGCUGAGAGACCACACAAUUUGGCUCAUGAUGAAGUUAUCUCGGAUAUGGAUUACUUCAAAAGUAGGGUAAAGAAAGAAUGGUCAGAUUCAGAAAGCGGUGAUGAUGAGAAUGACAAUGAUGAGGAUGAUGAUGACAACAAUCAUGGUGGCAACAAUUCUCUCCAGAAAAGCCAUGGGGCCCAGGAUGUUCAUAAAAUAGAUCCUAAGGGACAAAAUGAUUCCCUUGAAGGAGAUGCUUCUGAAGAGGAGGUGGAAAAGGGAUCUUCUCAAGAAUUUGAUGAUGAAAUGAUUGAAUUGGAUAAUCCAUCACCAAGUUCAAAAGAUGGGAGAGGAAAUGUUUUAGAGACUGCCCGUCUUUUCGUCCGUAAUCUUCCAUAUACUGCCACUGAGGAUGAGCUUGAAGAGCAUUUUAGCAAGUACGGUCAGGUCUCACAGGUACAUCUUGUUAUUGAUAGAGACACCAAACGGUCCAAGGGAAUUGCUUAUGUUCUUUAUGCGCUUCCAGAAUCUGCAGCUAGGGCAUUAGAAGAGCUGGACAAUUCAAUUUUUCAAGGCAGGUUAUUGCAUAUUAUGCCAGCAAAGCAAAAAAGUGCUCCUGAGAAACAAGAGAUCAAUUUUUCUGUGAACCAAUCUUCGAAGACGUUAAAGCAACAGAGGGAGGAGGAGGAGAAGAAAUCUGAAGCCAGUGGAAAUACACAAGCAUGGAACAGUUUGUUCAUGCGCCCUGAUACGGUUGUUGAAAACAUUGCUAGGAAAUUUGGUGCAAGUAAAAGUGAUUUACUUGACCGAGAAGCUGAUGAUCUUGCUGUACGUAUUGCUUUGGGAGAAACUCAAGUUAUUGCAGAAACAAAAAAGGCUCUUGUAAAUGCUGGAGUUAAUAUAUCAUCUUUAGAGGAAUACACCGCUGGGAAAACUGAAGGUGUGAAAAGAAGCAACCAUGUUAUUUUGGUAAAGAACUUGCCCUACGGUUCUUCUGAAGGCGAGCUGGCUAAGAUGUUUGGGAAAUUUGGGAGCUUGGACAAAAUUAUUCUCCCUCCAACAAAAACAUUGGCCUUGGUUGUAUUUCUUGAACCCACUGAAGCACGUGCAGCUUUCAGAGGUUUAGCUUACAAGCGUUACAAGGAUGCUCCACUGUAUUUGGAAUGGGCACCUGGCAAUAUUCUGAGUCAAAAUUCAACAUCUGUGGGUGAUGCAAAUAAUUGUAUCAUUGUUGGUGAAAAUGAUGCCAAGAGGGUAUUAUUAGAGCAACAUGUGGAAGGAAUAGCAGAUGCUGACAUUGAUACUGACAAAGUUGAGGGUGUUGCAAUGGAGGACAAAUCUGAAGAGCUUGCGAGUUUGCUGAAAAUUCUCCCCCCUGUAGAAUUUUGCUGUGUCUAUGGCUCAGCUCUCCAUCCAAAUAAUUGUGACAAGUCAUCGAUGGUAGAUUACAUUCUAGGUGUAGCAGAUCCUCUGCAAUGGCAUGCUGAGAAUCUGAAAAUGAAUCGAGAUCACUAUGCCUCCUGGAUGGUGCACCUUGGCGGGGCAAGGCUGAUUACUGAUGUUGCAGAUGAAAUUGGUGUUGGAGUACACUUCAACCCAUUUGUUACCAGGAAUAACAAGAUGUUCAAGUAUGGGGUUGUUCGAAUGGAUGAUCUGAUUCGGGACAUACUCAAUUGGGAGAGGUUCUAUCUUAGUGGUCGAUUACAAAAACCUGUUCAUAUACUGAAGGAUAAUCUGGAUAUUUCAAAUGUAAACUCUGUUAAUUUGAGAGCUGCAACAUCUGCUGCUCUCCUUCUUUUGCCAUCCAAAUUCAAUGAGGAAGAUCUCUUUGCCAAAAUAUGUAGCCUGUCAUAUAUGGGUGAUCUACGUAUGCUUUUUGCAGAAGAUAAAAAUAAGGUGAAGAAUAUUGUGCAAGGGCAGUUUGGUUUAUUCCAAACAAUGUAUAAGCCAUAUCUAGAAGAACAUGCAACCAAUGACUUGUUGAGAUUUUCAUCAUCUGGUGGUCACCAAGUAAAUAUAUCUCAGGAUUCUAGUUUAUCUGCAGUUUCCUCCCUUGUUUAUAUUCUUCCGGCGACGGUCAGAAGCCAAAUGAGGAUGAGAGUAGGAGAAGAGAAAAAAGUUGGUAAAUCUGGUCAAGUUAUACGCGAAGUUGUGAUUAAUUCAAGGGAAGAGGUUGCUGAAUGCAUGCGGAAAGUUGUGAGGCGUAGGGUUAUGAUUUCAAGUGCAAGGCAGGCUGUUUCUGGAAUACUGACUGUUGGUGCUGUUCAUGGAGUUAGAUAUCUUGCAAAUAAGAUGCACAAGGCUUGGAAAUCAUGGACAUGAACUUGAAAUAUUGACUGUUGGUGCUGUUCAAGUGCAAGGCAUGCUGUCUCUCCUAUUUUGGGUUUUUUCCUCCUUCCAAGUGGGUUAAUUUCUUGUGGACUAAAACCUUGACGAGAAGUACAACAUCAGCUUGAUCUAAAACUAAGGCUAAAUGGGCUUUGUCUAGAAGUGCACUGUAUUUUUGGCAAACUUUUGAGAGGAAAUGAAUGAUUCCUGUAGGAGUUUUGUAUCUUUAAUAUAAGGAUCAUUUUUUUUUAUUUGUAUCUUUAAUAUAUGAAUCGUUUUUUUC